UGUAGGACGUGGACCUGGACUACUUGGCCAAGAUGACCAAUGGCUUUUCAGGUGCUGACUUGACUGAGAUCUGUCAGAGAGCCUGUAAACUGGCCAUCCGUGAGUCCAUUGAGAAUGAAAUCAGACGGGAACGUGAGAGGCAGACUAACCCUUCUGCAAUGGAGGUGGAGGAGGAUGACCCUGUGCCUGAGAUUAGAAAGGACCAUUUCGAGGAAGCCAUGCGCUUUGCCCGCCGCUCCGUCAGCGAUAACGACAUACGCAAAUACGAGAUGUUCGCACAGACCCUGCAACAAAGCAGAGGCUUUGGCAGUUUCAGAUUCCCAUCCAGUAACCAAGGAGGAAGUGGACCAAGUCAGGGCUCUUCUGGUGGCGGCGGAGGCGCCAUCUUCAAUGAGGACAACGAUGAUGAUCUUUAUGGAUAAAUGUGACCACGUGGCUGACCCUCACAGGCCACUCUUCAUACAGGCCGCCAUGUACAAAAGACAAAAAAGAAAAAAUUCCACAUUUUUAGAACUGUGCUUUUUGUUUGUUAUUUUCCGCUUCUCUCAUGUCCAUUCCCCUGUUUUUUUUAUUCGCCUCGUUCUCCUUCUGUCCACCUCCCUCUGUUGAUAGAGAAAAGCAUGUAGCUGCUUGUGUUUUGCUCUGGUUUGUGAAAGGAUGAUUUCUGAGAACUUUGAUCUUAACAUUCUGUGGGUGGGGGUGAAUUUCAGUGAAAACCAUACACGAUAGUGAUUUCAUCAACUUUUCACAAGCUAUAUGAGCAGCUUCAGUGGUGGGGUUUAAUGCUAGACUGUUGGAAGGAUU